UUAACCGGGUUGUACCGAAACUACUCAAACCAGUAAGAGCCAUUGAUUGGGAAGAACGAUUGGGAAGAACGAUAGCCACGUAAGAUUCAUCUUCUCUGAUGGCAGGAAGAUAACAAACAUUGAAGAAGAAGCAAAGAGAGAAGAGAGAGAAAGAUGAGAGCUCUAACAUGGACGGGAUUAGCGCCGCGAUCAACGGUGCUAUUCCGGACGACGACUUCGACGGUUACCUCACGACGGAUUAGUCUUCGGAGAGAUCGCGUCUGUGUUAGAGCCAUUGCGUCGUCUUCAAGCGCGGCGGUUUCAGGCGUAGAAGCGGUAGAAUUGGUAGAGAUAGGAGAGAGAAGCAAGAAAUGGAAGUGGAAAGGAGAAUAUUCCGUCAACUACUUCGUGAAAGAUUCGCCGGAGGAAGUUACUCCGGCGAGUCAAACUGUUCUUUUGGUUCAUGGCUUUGGCGCUUCAAUUCCUCACUGGCGAAGGAACAUAAAUGCUCUGUCUAAAAACCAUACAGUGUAUGCGAUUGAUCUACUUGGGUUUGGUGCUUCCGACAAGCCACCUGGUUUUAGCUAUACAAUGGAGUCAUGGGCUGAAUUGAUACUCAACUUCUUGGAAGAAGUGGUUCAGAAACCGACGAUUUUGAUUGGAAACUCUGUUGGAAGCCUUGCUUGUGUCAUUGCCGCCUCAGAAACAGAAUCACAACAAGAUCUUGUGAAAGGUCUUGUUCUAUUGAACUGUGCUGGUGGUAUGAACAAUAAAGCCGUGUUUGAUGACUGGAGAAUCAAGCUGCUGAUGCCUUUACUCUUGCUUAUCGACUUUUUACUAAAGCAAAGAGGAAUUGCUUCUGCACUCUUCAACCGCGUAAAAGACAAGGAAAAUCUGAAGAACAUCUUGACAAAUGUUUAUGGGAACAAGGACAAUGUAGAUGAUACGCUUGUAGAGAUCAUCGCUGGACCAGCAAAUACCGAAGGUGCGCUAGAUGCAUUUGUUUCAAUCCUAACGGGUCCACCAGGACCAAACCCGAUUAAGCUGAUUCCGGAAAUAACCAAACCGGUUCUUGUCUUAUGGGGAGACCAAGAUGGACUAACCCCUCUCGACGGUCCAGUAGGUAAGUACUUCGCAUCCCUUCCGGAUGAGUUACCUAACUUCAACCUCUAUGUUCUACAAGGCGUUGGACAUUGCCCACAAGAUGAUCGCCCCGAUCUUGUCCACGAGCGUCUCCUUCCAUGGUUGGCUCAACUUACUUCCACCUAGUUUUGAUUUGUUUGGCGGUGUACACUUGUUUAUAAAUGUUUAUGUGCGACUUUUUGGAAAAAAAGACAGCAUCAAAAUAGUAUCAUGAUUAACGGUAGAGCACAGAGAUUAGUUACCAAGUUCUUGACACAUAAUUCGUGGUGUCUAAAUGUACCAAGUUUGUAAGCAAGUCGGAGAGUUUGUAAGUUGGUCAAAGAGUUUUUUCUU